AUGACAAAAACCAAAAAAACCACACCAAAACCAACAACACCAACAGCAACAAAGGUAGCAGAUACAUUAAAGAGUAAAAAAGGAGUACCAUCCACAGUUAAAACUUCAUCAAUUGCAAAUCAUAAACAAGUUGGUGUAUUAAAUAAUAAAGAAAGAAAACAACAAUUAAAGAAAUUAAAAUUACAAUCAAAUUUAUCAAAUCAAUCAACCAAUGUUUAUAAUAAUUCCAAUAGUAAUUUAUCACAUGAAAAUAUUUUAAAAUCAGUUAUUGAUUCUUAUAUUUUACCAUUAACAACAUCAACAUCAACCACCACCACCACCAAGAAUAAUUCAGCAACACCAUCUUCAUCAUUUUUAGAUAUUAAAACUUAUUUACCAAAUGUAAUUGUAUUAUUACAUCAAGGUAAAUGUUUAAAGAAAUGUUUAGAUUCAAAUAAUAAAUCAGCUGAAAGUAUUAAAUUACGUGAAAGAUGGAUGGAACUUUUAGGAUUCUUAUUAAAACCAAAUAAUAAUAAUCUUUGGGUUGGUGUUCAUUUACUUUGUGAAACUGUACGUGUUUGUGAUUAUGAAAUUAUGAUUAACAAAUUAGAACAUUGGAUAACAAUUUUAACAACAUUAAUUGAAAAUCAAAAAAAAGUUUUAACUUUAAAGAACCAACAACAAAAUCAACAAAGUCAACAACAAAUACCAAAUACAAUUUCAUUUAAAGAAUAUGGAUCAAUUAUAAUAUUAUUAUCAUUAUUAGUUGAAAAAGCAACAAAAUGGAAUGACUUAAAGAGAACAAUUACAAAUAAUACAGUUAUGUCACCAAUUGUAUCAUUGAUUUUAUUAUCAUUAGAUCAACAAUAUGGUUAUCCAGAUGAAUGUAAAAUAGAUUCAUUAGUUGCAAUCACAUCAUUGAUUCAAUCGGCUACUACUGCUUUAAAACCAUACCUUUUCAAAAUUGAACAAUUGGCUUAUCCAUUACUCUACAGUUCAAAUAAAUCAAUUCAAGAGAGUACUUCAACAUUAAUUGCCAAUCUUUCACAAUGUGUUGGUAUUAAUACAACCGAUUUAUAUUGGGAUAUUUCUGUUCAAAAGAUUUUAGUUGAAAUGAAUACAAUUGUUGAUAAAGUUUUUAAUAUAUUUGAAGAUCAAGAUCAAACUAAUAGUAAUAAUAAAUCAAAUGUAGUUGAUACUACUACUAAUAAUAAUACUACAACUACAUCAACUUCAUCAACUGGUAGAACUAUUAAUUUACCAAAUAAUAGUAAAUUAUUAAAUGUUGGUGAUGAUCAAGUUAUUAGUAUGUUAAAAAAUUUAUCAUCUGUUAAAUUCCCUGAUACUCCAAAAGAUGUUCAUGCACAGACUUCAUUUUAUAUUAAAGCUUUAUUUGGACUUUCAAAUUGUCUCUUACGUAUUUUAUCAACAAGUUCAUCAACACCUUCACCUGUACCAAUUGAUGAAAUUAUUAAAUUAAUUUGUAGAAUUUUAAAUCCAAAUUUAAAUCAUCUUGCUUUUUCAAAUUUAAAUUUAUCAUUUUCAAUUUCAGAAAUGAUAUUUUUAAUUCAACAAUUUCAUCAACAAGCAUUUCAAUUAUUAUCAGGUAUUUUAAAAAUUUUUAGAAAAUCAUUAUUAGUUCAUAGUAAAACCAUUUCAUCAUUAUUAUUAAGACCAUUGAAAUCAUUAAAUUAUUCAUUAAUGAGUCCAACAAUUCAUUCACAAAUUUAUAAAACCAUUACAGAUGCAGUUGAAUCAUUUGGUGCAUCAAGUUCUGAUUCAUUGGCAAUCCAAGUUUUACCAAUAUUAUUAAAAGAUAUUUUACCAUAUAUUCCAGAAGGUGGUAAUAGCAACAAUUCAAUGUCAACAACUCAAAAUACAACUUUAUUAAAUUCUUCAAAAUUAACAAUUUCUCAAACUAUUAAUAAUGUUGAUCCAACUUUAAAUGAUUUUGAUUCUUUAUCAAUUAAAGAAGAUGCUUUAUCAGCUUUAUCAAGUAUACUUUUACAUUGUGGUUCAUAUCUUCAACAACAACAACAAAAUAAUAAUAAUAAUAAUAGUAAUUCAUUUGGUACAGACAGUAAUAAUAAUAACGGUCCAAAAGUUAAACAAAUUUGUAGAUUAGAAAUUGAUCAAUUAUUAGUAUCAUUAUUAUUAGAAUGUCAAUCAUUAUCAAGUGUUAAAAAGAAUUCAACCACUUAUUUAAAUAGUAGUUAUAAUUGUUGGAGAUAUAGAUCAAAAUUAUAUGAAUGUUUAAUUCAUUGUGUUUUAAAACCAGUUUCAAAUAUACCACCAGUUUUACCAUACUCAAUUCGUAUAUUUACAAAUGGUAUGAGUAAUGAUCAUAAUCCAAAUGUUAGAAGCAUUUGUUGUAAAGGUGUUUCAAUUUGUGAAUCAAUCAUUCAUCCACAAUGUCCAUCAUUAACUACUACUGCAACUACCACUACUUCAGUCACUUUUAAUCAAAAUCCUUCAUCAGUUUAUAAGAAUUUAUUAAAUUCAAAUACAAAUGCAAUUAUGGGUCAAGAAGAUGACGAUUUUGAAGAAUCAAGUGAUUUUGAUGAAAAUUUAAAUGAUCAAGAAGAUGAAGAUGAAGAUGAUGAUUUAGAAAAUGAAAUUGAUGAUAAAAUUCAAUUAGAAGAUGAUGAUUUAGAAGUUGAAGAAGUUGAAGAAGAGGAAGAAGAAGUUGAAGAAGAAGAAGAAGUUGAAAAAGUUGAAGAAGAAGAAAAAGAAAAAACUAUUGUUCAUACAACUACAACUAUUACUACUUCACAAAAUAAUAAUAUUGUAAUGAAAACAUCUUUAUUCAAUACCUCAACACUUCAAAAACAAGCUACUGUUGCUCCAAAAGUUUCUAAAAUCGAACCAAAGAAACCAUUAAUCGCCGAUAAUAAUGAUGUUUCAAUUGAUGAUGGUGAUGAUGAUUUAGAUUUACCAGAUAUUGAAGAUUAA